AUGGCGGCGGCGGCGGUGCCGGCCCCCCCCGCCAGGAGCAGCCCCGCCGCCGCCGCCCCCACCGCCCCCACCGCCGACUUCCUGGCCAAGGAGCGGGAGUACAAGCGCCUCAACGCCCAGCUGCAGGCCCAGACCAAGGCGCUCGUGCGGCAGGCCGAGCGGGUCCUGAGAGAUCAACACGAAGUGCUGUCCAGGCCGAUCUCUGCCCAGCUCCAGCAGGUGGAUGAAGAGACGAAACCUCCGAGAGAUCUGCAUUCCCCCGAAUUGCCAGCUCUUCGGCAUGCCCACAACAAGCCAGCAAACAAGAAGAAAUCUGGCUCUGCUGCUGCAGCUCGGCUGAGGAGCCAGUCCAGCACAAAGGGAACCGGAACUGUAUCGAGUGCCAAGUCAGGGCCACGCACGGUCCAGAGCGCAGCUGACGUGGCGGUGCCAGACUUCUCUCUGGCGAAGACCAUUAGCAAGAUUGAAGGGAAGCUGGAAGAAGGAGCCUGGCCGGAACUCGAAGAGGAUGCCUUCCUCGGUGCGGGAAGUGAAAUCGGAGCAGAGGCCCAGAUCCGGUUUCUAAAGGCAAAACUGCGUGUUAUGCAAGAGGAGCUGGACAACCUCGGACGGGAGUGCAGUCACAAGGAUGACGAGAGCCAGGAUUUAAACCUCCGGCUUAAGGAGGCUGAAGAGGCCCAUGGGAAGCUGCAGAGAACGUCAAGCACCCAGCAGGCUCAGCUAGAGAAGUACAAGCGGUUGGCGGAGGAAGCCAACCAGCGAGCAGAAGGCCUGCAGCAGCAGGUCUCAGGUCUAGAGAAGGAGUCGGAGACACUCAAGCGGGCCCAAAAGCAGGCCUCGGCCAGCCAGAGCAGCAUGGAAGUGCGCCUGAACCGGGCCCUGGAGGAAGCGGAGAGAGCCAAACUGGAGGUGAUCAAGCUGAGACAAGGCAACAAGGAUCUGGUCAACCAAGAGCACAAAAAGCUUGAAGAACUGAGGGUGGAAAAGAAGAGGCUCGAAAAACAAAAAGGAGAACUGAUGUCUGCUUUCAUUAAACAGUUGAAAUUAAUAGACAUUUUAAAGAGGCAAAAGAUGCACAUCGAAGCUGCAAAGAUGCUUUCGUUCACUGAAGAGGAGUUCAUGAAAGCCCUUGAAUGGGGGAAUUCCUAA